ACCCCCAACCUGCUGUAGUGGAUCAGUCAUCGCGUCGGAACCAGAAGUGAACGAAGGAUAUGGAUGAAUAAUGUUUAUAGUCCGAUUGCUUCAACACGAGGCGGGUCUGGAAGUUUUUACAGCGCCGCAAAGAUACCCUGCUUAAUACAAAAGUUUAGAGAUGUCGCCAGAGGAGUUAGUUUACCUGGGCAUACUCGGUGCCUCCAUUCUUGUUGGAUUUCUAUUUCGCUUUCUCAGCCCCCCUGUGAAGCAGGGAGCAGCACUCCUACUCGGCCUCUCUAUUACGAUUGCCACCUGUAAUGUUCACACACUCCACUCUCUGGUGACUGUGAUCGGGACAUGGAUCAUAGUCAGGACCAACUGGAGACAUGCUCCAGCUCUGAGUUUGGCUUGGACCUUCCUCUACCUCCUCUUCUUUCGACUGGUCACAUGGUUCAACCUGCCUCCGCCCACUCCAUAUGCCAAUGCUGUUCAACUGCUCCUCACUCUCAAGAUGGUGAGUCUUGCAAAUGAAAUCAACAGUUUUCACACCGAGAAGAAAAAGGAUGUGAGCUCCUUUAGUAAGUCGUCUGUGGUUGGAGGUUUGUCACAGGAACCGUCUCUCUACGAUAUUCUGUCCUAUAGCUACUGUUACGUGGGCAUUAUGACGGGUGAGUACACAGAAUUUAUAUGUACCGUAUAUUUAUCACUGCAUCGCUGCAUCACUGACUGCUCCCCCACCACACCUAAUGACUUUGUUUUCCAUAUUUAUAUUUGCAUUUUCCCUGAUCCCAGCGCUGAGGAAAAGUACGACUUCAAAACCAUCCAGAAUAUCGACUGCUACAACACAGACUUCUGUGUCAAAGUGCGUCACGGGAUGCGCUACUGGAACAUGACGGUGCAAUGGUGGCUUCAUCACUACAUCUACCCCAAUGCCCCCUUCAAAUCCUACACACUCAGGGCGGGCUGGACGAUGUUUAUCAGCGCAUAUUGGCACGGGCUCCACGCAGGGUACUACCUCUCAUUCCUCACCAUCCCCCUGUGCAUCGCUGCGGAGUCGGCCAUGGAGGCGUCCGUUAGAUCCAAACUAGGUCCUCGUGGCCAAAGCGUGUUUGACUGGAUCCACUGGUUUUUGAAGAUGAGGGCUUAUGACUACAUGUGCAUGGGCUUUGUGCUACUGAAAGCUCAAGACACAGUUAACUACUGGAUGUCCAUAUAUUUCAUCAUGCAUAUCAUUGCAGUCAUGUGUAUUAUAGUGGGCAAACUCCUGAAAAGUGGUAAAAGGGAACUAAAAAGACAAGAACAGGUUAGUGUCACAGACCCAGUAGAGAAAACUGAUGAGAAAAAGACUGAAUGAAUGUACAUGUGUUUAUUUUUAUUGGAAGAAGUGUAGAUAAUACUCUUCGGGAUUGUAAUUUUUGUUAAUACAGAAAUUUAUUGAGGAAUGCCAGACAUUUCAGUUACAUCCUAAAAAACAUAUUCAUUAUCUAGGCCUGUCACAACAAAUUCUGAAGCUUAAUACAUUGCUACGGAGAUGUAUAACAAUAAACAAGAUCACAGAAACUACUUUAUGCCACUUCCACGAAGCAGGAUAAUGCCAGUAAACCAUUUUUAAGUAGACAGUAUCAUUAAAAGGCAUGAAACACAACAAAUUGCAUAAUAAACUCAUAAUAAUUAGCCAUAUAAGUUAUUUAUUUUAUCCUCUAAAGCUUUAAUCUUAUUGUAUUUAAAUUAAAAUAACAAUAAUCUAGCCAAUUUUUGCAAAGAUGAUAAAUAAUGAGCCCCGAAAUAUAUUGUUCCAGCUUCCAUAUACUGAACGAAAGUCGAUAUAGUGAUUAUGACAGGCCUACCAAUGAUAUUUUCAAUUGUUUGUCAGCCCUUAAAGUUUUGCCUGAUACUAAACUAAAGUACAAUUUGAUGUUAAUGUUAAAAUGGUGCACUAUGUAACUUUUCUGCUCAUCUCCAUAAAGAUAUUGCUUUGCCUAGAAUCUUCCAUUUAACUUGUAUUUAUGAAGAAAAGCAGAUGGCACCACCAGGCCAAGUUACAGGUCUGAUUUGUGUAGAGGCGACGCUGCUCACAACAAGAAUUUCUGUUGCUCAAGGCAUUUCUUUACCAGUAGUUGAAUAUGUACAAAAUGAACAUGUUUUAUGCCAUAUUGUGAACAUUCAAAGCACAUGGAGAUGGCAGACCCUCACCAGAAAGUUACACAGUGCACCUUUAAAAUCAAAACAUUGCAUUGAGAAAUCUCCCUCUCCAGAGCUCAAAACUCCUGGUUCUACUUUAUAGGUUGUAGUCUAUGAAGUGCUCCUCUGUUACUGUUUUUAACCUCAUUUGAGCUGCUUGGCUGCUAUACUAGUUUGCUAGCAAGUUGGCCUUUUGUAGGCUUAGAAACUUGUAGGGAGUUACUUAAUGAUGCAGUGCAAUAUCUUAAGAUGUAAAGAUGUGUUCAAAAAGUCAGAUUAAACACUCUUGAAUAUGGGCUGCUCUUCUGCCUGCACAAAAAUCAUGCACAAACUCGUUCAAUAUGGACACCGUUGACCUGCCGAGUGAUUUAACUGUGAGCUGUACGAGCAAUGCACAUACUGUAUUUUUACAUUAGAUUUCUGUACUACUGUGGUUUACCUGCGACUGUGCCAUUUUCAAUGUCCAUCCACUGCCAGAACGUUUCAACUGCCAUCGAAGACCUGUCGGGUAGGAUUAAACACUUUUCUAAAUGGUAAAGAAUUGACAAAAAGACUGAAAAAUGAAUUGUUUGUACAGAUCUAAACUACAGGGUUAGUUGUUUUUAUGCAGAAUAAGACUUGGUAUUUUUGUGGAGGAAAAUUGCAGUCUUUGUGCUUUGAUAAUUGCAUCAACUAAAAUUGCUACUCCAAUUUAAUUGCAAUUAAUGUUACACAUUACAGACCGUCUGAGGGACCCGUCCUGCCUUUACACCGCCUUCCUUCCCCACCCCAGAAGCCCCUAAUUAUAUAUUUAAUUAUAUUGAAUAAAUUGAGGUUGAGUUCAAACAAUUCAAAUAUAUUCCUUAUACAACAUUUUCUCUAUUUGAAUGUACAGCAUGCUGAUCCGAUCUCUGUAUGUUGGUCUAAUGUCAAAAGCAGAUUCCUGUACCAUUCCUUCUCUGUAACAGAAUGCAUCUGUUUUCAAUCAGGGAUGCACUGAUACCAAUACUGGUACGAAAAAUGGUCAAUACUAGUAUCGAAAAAUCAGAUGGCUCAGUUAUAAUUGUUCCAUAAUAUCUGUUAAGUCGAUGUUAUGUUUAGGCCAUUAAUUGGAUGUAAUAAGACGAUUCACAGGUUGAUCUUGGUCUAGAAUGUUUCAUAAUGUUUGGACUUUUAUUCAUACAAAGCUGUUCAGUAGUGAUGCAGUAAAAUUAGAAUUGCAUACUACAGUUGAAUCUAUUGUGUAAUAAGUUUUUAAGGAAAUAAGUGCCAUUUUUCGUCCCCACACUGGUAUCGGUUAAUAUUGAGUAUCUGCAACUAUUAAAAGUUAAUUGGUAUCGGUACUGAAAAAGCAGGAUCGACACAUCCCUGUUUUCAAUGUUGUUAUCGAGACAUUCACUGUGUUCAUUUUUGUAACUUUGUUUAAACUUUACAUAACAUUGAGUUUAUAUGUAUAACUUUACAUAUAAUUGCAUUUUCAUGUCUGUAUAAUACUUUAAAUUAAACAUUUUUACAUAUCUA